GGCCUAUAAAUCUCUGUCUCCUGUUGGCAAUGGUUACUACAUAACUAAGUAGCUUCCUUAAAAAGAAGCACAGCUUCUGAGGUAUAUCUAGACAAAAGGGUUAAUAGGGUGUCCUCAAAAUCCAACAAAAAGAAUGGGCGUGUUUGGGGUGUACUUCUUUGCUUUUUUAGCAUAUAUGGGGUCAGCUGAAGCUCAACUCCAGAUGGGUUUUUAUUCUAAAAGCUGUCCAAGAGCUGAGCAAAUUGUGCAAGGCUUUGUUAACCAGCAUAUCCAUAAUGCUCCAUCUCUUGCUGCUACUUUUAUAAGAAUGCAUUUUCAUGAUUGUUUUGUCAGGGGUUGUGAUGCAUCUGUGCUUUUGAAUUCAUCAUCUUCAGGCAAUCAAACUGAAAAAACUGCAACUCCAAAUUUAACACUCAGAGGCUUUGGUUUUAUUGACAGUGUUAAGAGCCUAUUAGAAGCAGAGUGCCCCGGUGUUGUGUCUUGUGCUGAUGUUAUUGCUCUGGUUGCAAGAGAUUCUAUUGUGGCCACUGGCGGUCCCUCCUGGAGAGUCCCAACAGGGCGAAGAGAUGGAACUGUCUCAAUGGCCUCAGAGGCCUUGAACAACAUCCCACCUCCAACUAGCAAUUUGACUACUCUCCAAAGACUAUUUGCUAAUGUGGGACUGGACCUCAAAGACCUUGUCUUGCUAUCCGGUGCCCACACAAUUGGAAUAGCUCAUUGCCCAUCAUUUUCGAACCGCCUAUACAAUUUCACUGGAGUAGGGGAUCAAGACCCAGCCCUAGACAGUGAAUAUGCAGCAGUUCUCAAGGCAAGAAAGUGCACAACUCCGAAUGACAAUACCACAAUUGUUGAGAUGGAUCCUGGAAGUCGCAAAACAUUUGAUCUCAGCUACUACUCAAAUUUACUAAAGAGAAGAGGACUUUUCCAAUCAGAUUCUGCUCUGACCACAAGCUCAGCUACAUUGUCCACAAUUAGCCAGCUGCUCAGUGGUUCACUUGAGAAUUUCUUUGCUGAAUUUGCUGCUUCAAUUGAGAAAAUGGGCCAAAUUAAUGUUAAAACUGGCUCUGCUGGGGAAAUUAGAAAGCAAUGUGCAUUUGUGAAUAGCUAAUGGGUGUGUUCUUUUUUUCUUCUUUUUUUAAUUUUUUUGUGGUUGUGUUGUUACUUUUGUUGAAUUAGUUGGUGUGUGGUUAACUUAUGUGGGUUUGGAUGACUGAGUUUCUUUUGGAUUGAUUUAUGCAUUAUUAAUAAUUAAAGAAUACUUAUUGGGAAUUUUUUUUAAA